UGUCAUUCUUGAGGUUGUACAGCGUUCAUUGCUUUUUCCUUUCCAUCUGUUAACUCCGGACUGGUACCAGUACAGUAACUACUAAGGGCAAAGCCAAGGAAUAAUAGGAUCUAUUUCUACUGUGUUUUCUCACUAGAGGAACAGUCUCUGUCUGACAAAAGUCAUUAAUCCAAGAUGGCCUCGAUACCAGGCAAUUGCCUCCUUAGGGGGGUUGUUAUCACAGCUCUCCUCAGCUUUUUGAUGGACUCAACAAGAGCCAUCACCAUCGAGGUGAUCCCUAAACACCCAACUCCCAAUUCGAAUGUGAUUCUCAGUGUUAAAGAUGUCGCCGGUGAAAUAAGAAGCUUCAGCUGGUACAAUGGAUCAAACCCAAGUGCUUCAAAUCAAAUCUUAAACUAUAUCCCAUCUCUUACGCCACCACAGACCAAAGGACAUAUGUAUUUUACUGAAGCCGAGGGACUGGCAAAUGGCUCCCUUCUGAUCAAAGACUUUGUGAAGAAGUUUGAGGGUGUGUACACAGUGCAGAUACAAGCGGAGAGCCCAUUACAAGCAUCAGUAACAGUAACCAUGAGUGAAAAUCCAACUACUCCCAAUCAAAACUUUACAUCUAUUACCAAAUCCCCAACAGAACAUGCUACUACUCCCAGCCAACAUAUUACAUCUCUUUCUAUAACCCAAACAGGCAUUGCUCCUCUUGGAGUAUCGUCUCUUAGUCUACUUAUGGGAGCACUGUUAUUUUAUACCCUCACCAUCCUCUGACAGUAAACCUCAGGAGAAUAAUGCUAAGGAUUUCUGGAGAAUUUAAUAUAAAGGAAGGAAGCUCACUAAAAUUAAAGGACCAGGAAAAAAAAGAGUAACAAAAGAACCAGCAACCUCUCAUUUUUCAUGAAUUUGGCGUAACAUUAUAAGAGACGGCGCCAACUUUUUUUUUCUUUAAAGGUUCUUCAGACCUAUCGGGCAAAAGUCAAGAAGCUUCAAUGAACUUUUUGGGAAACUCUAUAUAAAUCGUAUCCUACCAAAUAACAACAGAUCCUAUUAUUUAUUUGUAGUCUAUACUCUAGUAAUGCUUGCUCUUACACGCCUGGACUCUACAGUGAAGGAUGGGUCACUAACACGUUGCUGAAUGAUUCUACUGUCACAAUACUUAUAGAAUGAUCUAUGCAGAGGAACAUUCCGAUAGAGGAACGAUGUGUGGGUUGGGGCGGGUGGGUGAUGGGUUAGCACAACAUAGAGAAAUCACAUAAUGGGCUGUUAUGUGCAUGACUAAUGUUACAAUGUAAGUAUUAUGUAACACAGCCAUUAGCCACUCUACAACAUGUUCAUAUUUUAUUGCACUAAUGAUUUCUAAGCCCAUAGGAAAAUGGGGAUAAUGUAUUGGAGGCUUGAAUAUGACCUAGUAGCUAUUUAUAUACAGCUCCCUGGUAGACUUCUCUGCUAAUAGUGGGAGUCCAUAGCAACCAUUUGGAUAUCCCUACAAUGGAAACAUUAAAGACAAGAUAACCCCAAUAUACCCAAUACAUGAUUUAUGUUCAUGAACCUCCAUUAUUUAUUAUAAUCAGGCAGUAUAGAAUGAUCUGUUGUGUGAACUGCACAUUCUUUCUCCCUAUAUAUAUGUGUGUAUAUUAUAGUGAGAGCUGCCAUAUCAUUUCCCUUAGCCAAUACAGUGGCUAAAGCUCCCUGUGUGCACUGAACCUUUCUUCUUUGCAUGUUUGAAUUUAAGCCGUACAGUAUGAGGGUAAAGAUUUUUGCACACUCAGCUGACCUUCUCUGUAUAUCUGUAAUGAUAAAUGUGUGGGUGGGGGGGGGGAGUUGCCAUAUUGCAUCCCAGUAUGAGGAUAAUGCUCAUUGUGCACCAAACACAAUAGUACGGAAUAUGAGUGGGAGGUGAUGUAUUGUUUCCUUUAAAGUGCAGCAUGAUAACAUAGUCCACUCUGUAUACUGUAUAUAAAUAUAGAGAGAGAGCGUUGCCACAUUGGGUGCAAAUUAAUCAUUGGUCAGACAACUGGCCCAACACCACAUCCAAUCACAUCCAUUAGAUGAAAACUGCCUGCUCGUGGUCCCCCCUCUCCUGCCUUAAUUUAAUGGUUGACCUCCUGGCUGGCAAAGUCAUUAUGAGGCUGUGAAAAUGGUGCGGCUGUGUGUGUAUGAUUGGGUUGCACAGCACUGCCCUCUUUCUUACACACCAGGUACUGCAUUUCCAUUAAACACAGGGCCAUUGUUCCUAGCGGAGCCAACAGCACAACCAACCCAAAGCCGGUGCACCUUAUUAUAGCCAAGAACAACGAGCAAAGGGGCUGGAACAUACCCAUUGGUGGACUGAUGGAUUAGUCGUAUGAACGAGGAUAAGAAGUAGCAAUAAAUACAUUCAUUCGAUUUCAUUGCACUAAGAUAACAUUGUUCUGAAUAAAUGGAACUAAUGACAGAAAGUGGAGUGUUUAUUUCUUAUACCUCCCAACAGUACAUAUUGGACAAUGUAGGCCCCUGAUUCACACCUAUUCCCCACCCAAUUUUUUGCUAAGCACCAUCCAUGAAAAAAAAAAAACCUGUACUUCCUUAAUAGGAACAAUAUGAAGGUUUGAUUUAUUGUAUCUUUAUUAUAAUGCUGCUGCUGCUGUUUUCCUUAUGCUAAUGUAUGAAAAUGUAAAUAAAUGCCAUUUUAUUAUUAAAGCAUAACAAAUCA